AUGGCCGCGCCACGAUGUAUGCGCUCUUUUCUGGGGCCAGCAAAGAGGGUCAAGAUUUCACACGCCCCACGGCCAUCCGUCCAGACCUUUUCGCGGAACAAGAGCUCGAAAGCGGACGAGGACAAUGAGCGGGACUCAAGAGAGGACAGAGAUGUCAGGCUCAUUGAGAAGCUGAAGAUGGACCUGGAGAGCGGCGAUAUGCCGCUUGAUGCUCGGCUGGAGGAUAUGGGUAUCGAUGUUCAGGAAUUCAAGACUCUAUAUGCCAGCCAGCAAAAAGUCAACAAGCGCCAGCAACAACGGGAACCCAAGACGCGCGAGGAAGCUCAGCGACAGUGGAAAGAACUACAAAACACACCCGACCACCUUGGCCUCUUAAAAGUCUACAAGCGCGCCGGCGUUGAACCCAUUAAACUCGCAAAAGAAAAAGACAUCACCUUCCCCACCGACCAACCCCCACUAGACCCCAAAACCCAAGAAGCCCUCGACGCCCUCCGCACCCCCCUCAACGUCCGCGCCGUCCACCUCAGGCCCCUUCGCCGCACACCCGAAUACGGUGUGCCCACCUGCGACCUCCAACUCCGCACCUACAACAUCCGCAACCUGCUCCUCUUCUCCGACUUCGCCGUGCGCGCUGCAUACUAUAUGGGUCUCUGCGCGCGCGGUCCCAUCCCGCUACCACGCAUAACAGAGCGCUGGGUAGUCCCGCGAUCGAAUUUCAUCUUCAAGAAGAGUCAAGAGAACUUUGAGAGGGUGACGAUGCGCCGCUUGAUUCAGAUUCAGGAUGGACACCCGGAUGUGGUCAAGGCUUGGUUGGCGUUUUUGCAGAAACACCAGUAUCACGGGGUGGGCAUGAAGGCGAAUAUUUGGGAGUAUGAGGGACUGGAGAGUGCGUUGGUGGCGGGCGAGAAGGUCAAGGAGGAUGAUGUGAGUAGGAGACGGGAGGGCGCGGUGUUGGAGAAGGUCAAGGAGAUUUUGGGGAGAGAUGGGUUUAAGGAGGGGAUGAAGGGGGUUAAGGGAGUUGAGCUGAGGCCGUGA